GGCAUUCAAGGACGCAGUCGUCGUACCCCUAGGAUUCUCUACGGCUGCCAUCGGGCUGUAUUCGGACGACGACCUCAAGCUCGACAUCCCCGUUGCCGCAAGCGGGACCUCGAAGCAGGAAACCGGGGACAAGGGAGCCUUGAUCAUCUGGGGAGCAGCGACAUCCGUCGGAUUGAACGGCGUCCAACUCGCCGCUCGUUCGGGUUACAAGGUCUACGCGACGGCUUCCCCUUCCAACUUUGACCUCAUCCGAUCCCUCGGUGCGGCCCAAGUCUUCGACUACUCCAGCUCCUCCAUCAUCGACGAUCUCAAAUCCGCUACCUCUGGCCAGCCCAUCGUCGGAGCUUUAGACUGCGCAGGGAAAGCAGGAUCGACGAGCUCGUUAGCCGAGAUCUUGACUGCGUCCAAGUCCGAGCAACCGGGGACGAGGCUAUUCAUCUCCUCCGUCCUUCCCGUCAAAGAAACUCUCCCUGCCGGCGUCGAGUCGAACUUUAUCAAGGGCGUAGCACUGCGAUACGAUGACGACAAGUCCAGAGCGCUCUGGGGAAGCUUCCUGCCCAAGUCUCUGGCCGAUGGAAGCUAUCGAGCUUUGCCGGAAGCGUUGGUCGUCGGACACGGACUGGACAAGGUGCAAGAGGCGAUGGAACGGCAGAAGAGUGGGGUGAGGGCGCAGAAGGUGGUCGUAACAAUGGGGGAGUAAGAGCAGGACAUCGGUCAGAAAAGACAUGGAGCCAGCAGGGAGAGUGCUGCAGAUCUUAGGGAUCGAUGAUGGCA